GUCACGCAGAAGUAGUUCUUUUCAAGGCGCCUCAGAGUGCCGAAAACACGUGUGUUAUUAAAUAUUGACGCAAAGUUUUAAUUUAUUGCUUUUAAAUAGUUAAUCCACCAAAAUGUCUCUGUACAACUUCAAAAAGAUUGCUGUGGUCCCAACAGCCAAGGACUUCAUCGACAUUAUAUUCUCAAAAACACAACGUAAAACUCCUACAGUAGUACAUAAACAAUACAAAAUAACCAGGAUAAGGAGUUUUUAUAUGAGAAAGGUCAAAUUCUCCCAGCAAAGUUUUCAUGAUCGACUAACACAAAUUCUGACAGAAUUCCCUAAACUAGAUGAUGUUCAUCCAUUUUAUGCCGAUUUGAUGAAUGUUUUGUACGACAAGGACCAUUACAAGCUUGCUCUGGGACAGAUAAAUACAGCCAAGCAUUUAAUAGACAAUGUGGCUAAAGAUUACGUGAGACUAUUGAAAUAUGGCGACUCUCUGUAUCGUUGCAAACAGCUCAAGAGAGCAGCUCUGGGUCGUAUGGCCACAAUUAUGAAAAGACAGGCUUCCAAUUUAACAUAUUUGGAACAAGUUAGACAGCAUUUGGCUCGUUUACCAUCCAUUGAUCCAUACACCAGAACAAUCAUUAUUUGUGGUUUCCCGAAUGUAGGAAAGUCUUCCUUUAUCAACAAGAUCACCAGAGCUGAUGUUGAAGUACAGCCUUAUGCUUUCACUACUAAAUCUUUGUAUGUGGGCCACACAGAUUAUAAAUACCUUCGUUGGCAAGUGAUCGACACACCCGGUAUCCUUGAUCACUCACUGGAAGAACGUAACGUUAUUGAAAUGCAGGCAAUUACAGCUAUGGCUCAUUUAAGAGCUUGCAUAUUGUAUUUUAUGGAUUUAUCUGAACAAUGUGGUCACACAUUGGAUGAACAAGUCAAAUUGUUUGAGUCCAUAAAACCAUUAUUUGCUAAUAAGCCUUUGAUUGUGGUCGCCAACAAGAUUGAUAUACUUAAAUUAGACGAUUUGACUCCAGAAAGAAGAACUGUCUUGAAAGAUAUUGAAGAUGAUUCUAACAUAACUGUCCUUGAAAUGUCCACUGUUACUGAUGUGGGUGUGAUGGAAGUUAAGACAGAAGCUUGUGAGAAGUUGCUAAGCUACAGAGUGGACCAGAAGAUGAGGACCAAAAAGGUUGACGGUGUUCUAAACAGAUUACAUGUAGCAGUGCCUAAACCAAGAGAUGACAAAGUUAGGGCUCCUUGUAUUCCUGAAUCUGUACUCGCUAAGAAAUUGCAGACUGCCGAAAAACGUAAGCGCAAAUUGGAACGUGACAUUGAACUUGAAGAAGGCGACGAUUAUGUUCUUGACCUUAAGAAGGAGUACCACGAUAUACCAGAGGAAGAGCGCUACGACAUCAUUCCGGAGAUAUGGGAGGGUCACAACAUCGCAGAUUAUAUCGAUCCAGAGAUCUUCGAUAAAUUGGAGGAGCUUGAAAAGGAAGAAGAAAUUAGGGAUGAAACCGGCAUGUAUGUUGUACCCAAGAUUGAGCUGGAUGAAACUAUGCAGGAAAUUAAGAAACUGGCAUUGCAAAUUCGCCACAAGAAGGCCAUCAUCAAGGACGAAGCUCGCAUUAAUAAACAGUCCCGUAAGCCGGUUCUUCCACGUACAUCUGGCGCUAAAGUUCGUGAUCGGUCUGUAACGAAACUUAGGGAAGAGAUGGAGAAUUUGGGCGUUGACAUGUCAGAGACUAGUGAUGCUCACUUUACAAAAACUAAACCAAGAAGUAGGUCUGUGGGAGCGCCAGCCAAACGUAUGAAGAUGGAUGUUGAUGUAGUACCUACACGAACUAAGAAUAAGGUCUUGACUAAACCACCUAGGAAUGAGCUGGGAGUGAAGGACGUGAUUAUGAAGAAGAAAUUGGCUAAGCUCGCUCACAGAGCCAUCAGUAAGAAGGUGGCGAAAAUGGGUCUUAAGGGAGAAGCAGAUAGGUUCAUUGGUACUAAAAUGCCUAAACAUCUCUUUGCUGGAAAGAGAGGAGUAGGCAAAACGGAUAGGAGAUAAAUACAUAUAUUCAUAUUGUUAAUUAUUGUUUGAUUGUAUUUAAAAGGAAUUAAAAUAAACCGAAACUUUAACAGA